CUGCAAACUGUAUGAACUUCAUGUCAGUUCUGGGACUAUGGAUGAACUGAGAGUGUGAAUGCUCAUGACUAUGAAGUCUCAGGGAUUAUGGCUAUGAAGGGGAGCUCGCAAACGCCGCAGUACCAUAUUACAUGAACCAUGUUAUUCACUGUACGCACAUAAUGCCUUAGGAUGGAGAAAGAGGUCUCGCUCACGAAGGGCGCUGUCGGCAUCGACAAGCUAGCUUUUCUCACGAUGCUGCUGGCCGUGCAGCCGGGCUGGGGCGCGGUGACCGAAGUGCAUAACGGGCGGGAGCUCGCCUUGGCUUUCGCAAACAACAGCGUCACAACCAUUCUUAUGGCGUCAGAUAUCCACCUCCUUGAAGCGGAUUGGGUGGGGCUUCCGUCCCCCGUCCCCGUCGUCCUCACCCGGGAUAUCACUGUGGUUAGCCAGCCUGGACUGAGCUACCUGAUUGACUUCAACUACAUCUCUCGGAAGAUGCGUCUGGGCAAUGGCACGACCUUGCGUUUUAUCAACACCGCCGUAACGCAGAAUCGGUUGCGUGUGGUGCUCUCACCCGGGCUAGACCUUCUGGAGCCGUGUCUACCCGGCGAGCGCGCGACAUUCAUCAACGAAGGGGGAAUCCUACUUGCUGAUAUGUGUUACCCGCAGCAGUUACGGAAUCAAAACUACCAGGGGCUCACCCGCUCUCCCAACUACCCCGGGACCAACAAACUGCUGCCGGUGACGCCGCAAACGGGCUGCGUCAACAGCACCAGCGUGCCACGCCCCCAGCAGUGCUACCCGGAGACGGGCAUGAUCAUUGAUGUGGCGGUGGAGGCGACGGAGCUGUCGGCGCUGGGGGGCGCCACCGUGCCGUCAAACUACCUGGUCCGAGUCGUCAACACGUCGCUCGCCUGCCUGAGCUUGCUCAGCAACGACUGCAUCGCGCAGUACACCUUGCCUGGCUGCCGGCAGCUGGUGCUGAACGCGCGCAAGGCGUCGGCAGACGCAGAAGCGCGGGGCGAGGCGCCGCCAGGCGGCACGAGCGCCGUCGGCGGCAGCCCCUGGGACCCGCAGGGAACUCCGGCGGAUCCAACGGCUGCGCCGCAGGGGCCAGCGGGCGGAGGCGGAGGCGGCGGAGGCGGCUCGGAGUCCGGCACGCCGUGGUGGCUGCCGGUGGUGGUCGGCGUUCUGGGAGGCGCCGUGGUCAUACUGGUGCUGGGCGUUGCCGCGGCCUACGUGUGGCGGAGCCGUGCUCGUCGCUCACGGCAGCAACAGCAGCUCAAGGCGGCGCGGGACUCCAGCGUCCAUUCGUCAGGGCGCCCCGCCGCCGCCAGCCCGCAAUUGGAGCCUGGCGCCGACCAGCGGCCGUCCCAGGAUCAAUCCCAGGGAGGAGGCAUGUGGCGUUGGCUCAGGAGGGCGCAUCAGGGGGCGGGUGGAAGCAGCGGCCAGCAGCCGCUGGUGCUGGGCAACAGCGGCGGGCCCGGCGGCGAUAUGGACAGAGACGGCGGGAGGGCCCGAAGCGGCAGCAGCGAAAAGGCCGGUGGGCCGGCUGCAGUCGCUGCCGCCAACAUGGCCCGAUUGCAGCACGCCCAGCCAGCAGCGUCAGCCACGGAGCUAAACAACAGCACCAGCACCAGCAGCGGCCCCACGGUCUGCGUCACCAUCAACUCCGCAGUUCCCUCAUCAGCGGUAUGGGUGCCGGGCGCCGCCACUGUGCCCCGGUCUUUGCUGGAGUCGGAUUUACGACAGGCGACGUUCUCAGCUAUUUCCAAUCUCGCCUAUGGUGAUGGCAAUGCCGUGGCUAAGGCCGCUUACGAGGCGGCGGGCGCCGCUGCAGGACGGACGGACUCGUCGGGCCUUCUGUCGCCUUUCACGCCUGCCCGCACGGACCUGCAGCGGGUUGAGCUGAGCAGUGGCCGGCAGCGGCAGCAGCAGCCUCCUCGGGAUACGAAGGCGGAUAGCAACGGCAGUAGUCAGACGACCCGCCGCCUGAGCCGCGAAGCACGUGAGCAAGGCACCCUGCCUGAUGGGGGCAAGGCGGCGGCGGCGCCUGGCAGCGCCGCCGCCGCCACCACUGGCAACAAUGACGAGCUGAAGCUGCUGCCUGGGGAGCCGCUAGGCCGGGGCGCGUGCGGCAGGGUGUAUCGUGGGAUGUUCCGCGGACAGCUGGUGGCGGUCAAGAUGCUAGGCCACGUGGGCUUGCUGAACGCCGCACAGCAGCAGCAACAGCUCGUGCCACAGCCGCCGCGAGGCCAGCAGCCGCCACCCCACCAGCAGGCGGGCUCUGAGGCACCAGCGCAACAGCAGCAGGCAGCAGUAGUGCCGCAGCUGCCGCUGCCGCCUUCCGUGUCGGGCGCGGCACACCCGCAGCACCCCUCCACACCGGACAUCUGCAGUCCAACCUACAUCUCCACCAGCGCAACCGAGCCGCCAUGCAGCAGCGGCGCAAACGCCUGCGAGCGCAACGCACUCGGUGAAACACCCGGCGAAGGUGGCGACAGCACCCUCACGGGGCCGUCAACGUCCUCAUCCGCGGGAGGCAGCAGCGGCGGGCGGCUGGCAUCGUUGGCGUUGCAGCGCGCAGCACUGGGCGCGCGCAUGCCCGAGGCCAUUGAGGAGGAGGCCCCGGAGGAGGAGGCGGCAGGCAGCGCCGGCGGAGGCGGGGGCGGCGCAGCUGUCGACGCCGCCCGCGGCCUGAGCAGUGAUGAGGGCUUGGCGGAGUCACGUAAUCUGCGGGGCGCCCAGGAUUGGUUGCUGGUGAUUGGCGACGACGACGGCGGCGCAUAUGGCGGUGGUGGUGGUGACGGUCUGGAGGAGCGUGUGUCGCGGGGCGAGCAUGGCUCGACUAGCGCUGCCGCAUUGGAACCGCUCGCGGACGGUGGCGGUGGCGGUGGGGUCGGCGCGGGCCCAGCGCAGCAGGGCUCUCCCGCGCGGCAUGCGGCGGCCUUGCUACAGCAGCACCGGUCCCAGGAGGAACGCCAGCCACAGCAGCAGGAGGCGGAGGAGCAGCAGCGGGACGGGGCUGCCCGGAGCAGCUCGAGGGAGGGGCUGAUGAGGACGCUGCAACAGGAGGUGGACUGUCUUGCCAGGUGCAAGCACCCCUGCAUCGUCCGCUUGCUGGCUGUGUGCGCGGAGCCGCCGCUGAUGGUCAUGGAGCUUAUGGACACGAGCCUGGACCGGCUGCAGUAUGGGCGAAGAGGCGGGGCCGCUGCCACGUCGCUGCUGCCCCUGUCGCUGGUGCUGCACAUCGGCAUUGAGGUGGCGCGUGGCCUGGCGUACAUGCACCCGAACCUUGCUCACCGCGACCUCAAGCCCGCCAACGUGCUCAUCAGCCAGCCCGAUAGCGAGCGGCCCAUCGUCAAGAUCGCGGACUUUGGGCUGUCGCGGCUGCUGGACACCGCCGUCAUCACAAGGAACCCAGACGCGGGAACGCCGCCGUACAUGGCACCCGAGUGCCUGGACCUGGGCAACCGGGUGGCGAUCACGCACAAGGUGGACGUGUUUGCUCUGGCCGUCAUGCUGGCGGAGAUGCUGGUGGGCCGGCGGCCCUGGCACGGACACAGCAUGAUGGAGAUCGCCACCGCACUGGCGCUGCGCGGCUGCAGGCCCUACGACCUGGAAAGAGACGUGGCCGCAACCGCGGCUGCGGCUGCGGCUAGUGGUGGUGGUGGUGGUGGUGAUGGUGGUGGUGGUGGUGCAGAUGGGCGCCUGCCGGUGGGGCAGGCGGUGCCGGCGCGGGCCCCGGUGAAGCUGCUGCGCCUGAUUGAUAUGAUGUGGGAACAGGAUCCCGCGCGGCGGCCGGCGGCGGCGGAGGUGGCCAAGAUGCUCACCGUGAUUCGGCAGCAGUUUGAGCAAGGUCACUUUGCUACCCAAGGCGGCGGCGCUGUGGCGGGGGACUAAUAAAGUAGAGAGCUUGAAUGCCUUGAACCUUGGAACUCAUCAUGGAUGCUGAACUGGUAAUCAAAACUUUGGUGGACACCAACAACCUACGCGUGCGCGGUACACGUCUUUGUCUUCGGAACACAACGAUGGUAUAAUGGAUGCGCUGAUCGUUAUAACGAUAUUCAGUUUACUCUUAGCCCGAGGAUUGUGUUGGCAGUAAGUGUCGUACCCUUAUCAAAGCUUCAGUAGUUCAGUGUGUUUGUACGGUAUGCCAAUGUGCAAAUUUGUGGCAGGCGGCACCACCAUGUAUGGGCAAUUGAGGCUGUAGUAGCAUAUUCUGGUAGGCUUCGUGCCGAGGGUGGAUGCUUGGGUGGACGGGAAUGGGCAGGCCAAGGGGCACAAAUGUGCGGUGUUUGCGACGCCCCCCUGAUGGUCGGCAUGUCACAUCAUAGCUGUGUUGCAGACGGGUGCGGCAGGAUUCAGACGUGUUAAGUGGGCAGAAUAGAACCGGCGGAAUUGGCAAGGGAGCUUCGCAUGCGACGGCACGGAGCACCGUUUGUGAAUGAGGCUCCAGCCAACCCGGGCAUGUGGGGGUGGCGUGUGUGGGCAAAGGUUUCAAACCAGGGGAUGCAGGGCGGUUGGCGCGCUGGUCAAGCAAGUGAGGCAGCGGUGUACGGCGGGCUUGUCGUCCAGGUGGCAGGCAUGCACUGCCACGGGCAGCAUGGGUUGCCAGCCGCAAGCAGGGCGUUCGGUUGCUGGCCGCGUUCGACGCAACGGCCGUAGCCCAGGGGAUGAGGGGAGCAGUAGCCUGUAGCCUGCAGGUUGCAAGUAAGCAACCUGGCUCCUCAGCACAGUUGGUGAUUGUGUCAUUAUGUGCGUGCUGCAUGCACCAAUGGCGGCAUGGCAGAGUCAGCCAUAAUGGUGUAGGUGGAGCAGCGGAGGGGACUAGGGGAGAUGAAGUACACUCACACCCCAUCGUCAGAAUUUCGUGCCUCAAGAAGUGCUGGCUCUACGGCGCUCCUUGACUCCGGAAAUCAAGUUUCGGGCGGGGUGGCUUAUCAACUUUGGGCUGGACGCUGUAGACCCCUGCAUGUGCUGACGUGCGACCCAGUACCGUACGGUAGGUGUGAUGUCGGGGUGCGGGUGGGUGGGGGUGCCGGAUUUGUCAUCCAACUCCAGCAAUUCAGCUCGCCACCAGCAAGCAGCCCCAGUGGGCGCUCAGUUCACGGCCAGCCAUCCACAACAGCUUUGAUUUGUGGUAAAGCGGUGCUGAUAACGGGGCCGGAUAAUCGUUUGGGAGGAUUGCGGUUAGGUGGUGGGCGAUAGGAGCCGGGCCUACCAGCCCAAGGCAUAAGAGUAGGCUGUUGGCGCUGCAGGUGCGGCACGCCCUAGAGCCCUAGAGCAGGGCGUCCGUAGUCCGUACUAGUGCGUGUUCGCUGGCCUGUGAGCUGCGUCACAAGGUCCCUCGUGUAACCAACGCAGUCUUCACAUCCCCGCCAUAACCUCACCAACCAGGACCACCAGGGCAUUAGACCGCCCACGCACAGUUGCACACUAUGCACCUCACAAUUGGGGUAUUAGAAAGGCAAGCUUUUCAGCCAGCCCCCAUGCAAGUCACAGACUGUGGCCCGACGACGUACAGCACACAUUCUGGUCGUCCCACGACCUGCCUGCUGCUGGUACAGCCAGUCAAUGUGCGCCUGCCGCCACCCCCGCGCAGGCGCGGCAGCACGAGCCUAUGUCACCCAGUUAUGAAGUCGGAUGAACACGCCGUUGCUUGCAAAGGGAACAUUGUAAGGCCUGCGACAAGUCGCUGGUGACCAUCGUGGACGCAGACCAGGCGUGAGACCAGGUCGGCCGCAGACCAGGUCGGCCGCCAGCCCCCCCCCCGGACGGUUGACCACACGGAACCCUGCAGUCACGCAGAGGAACUCAACCGUGCGUUUGGUGCAUCACCGCGUGCAUGCUGGACUACGAGCAGCGACUGUGCCUAAUGGUCAAGUCGGCCUGCCUCAGGAACCCCGCACGCUGCAGGAUGCUACCCCGCGGGGCCAGCGUACAGUGGGCGAGAGAGGCAGCGAGGGCCCGUGUCGAUAUCAACGGCAGUUUAGGUGAUGUGAUGGUGUUGCUGGUGUGUACAUUUGCGCGCGCAAGAGCGAGACAGACAAGGUUUUAGCUGCGCAUGCACUCUGGCAGCCUCCUGCAGGUCAUAGCUGACCUAGUAUGUAUUUGUU